AUGGGAGGCCAUUCGGUUCCCAAGUGGGUGAUAGUGGAUGCAUUCCCUGGCCCGCCCAGGCUCCAUCAAAACUGCCAAGCUCUGCACCCAAGAACCAGUGAAAUGGGACGAUUCCGCGACAAACCCGCCAGAGAGGAUACUCGCACCUCAGAUGAGAUGAGGUUACGUAUGCGCGGUAAUUUAUCCAUCCCAGAUCCGUCUCGGGGCCAAGAGAUUAAUGCAAAUGCGACAGGAAACAUCCAAGGAAGCAUGUCUCCGAAUUACGACGUACGACGAUAUUUACGACUCACGGGGACGCAAGUACGAUGUCGGCGCGAUAGACGUUGCCGAGCCCGUCUUCUCCUCUAUUGCCAAGCAGCAGCGGCAACCAUCAGAAAUGCCUAUCACUUGCCAAAUUCUUGGAAUCUUGCCCAAGAAGAAAAAAACCGCUCACCAGACCAGAUAGGCGAUGGUCGUUGGCAACCAUCUUUUCUGGCACGCAUCACCACUCUUCGCUUCUUUAAUGCGAUUUUUGGCCGUGGGAAAUUGAUAUUCGAAAAUGCGCCCUCUUCCCCUAUCAGAAGCGAGCACUGAUGUCCCUGCGUCAUGGAGUAACCUCCCUCGAAAGGACCAGCUUUUUGUGCUCGCCUUCUGCCGCGUUUUCGACUUCAUGCAGGUUGCGUCAUUCCAGACCAUCUGCUACUAUCAAUUGAAGUCAUUCGAUUCUACACUUGCUGAAGAGACUAUUUCCUGGCAAUCGGGAAUCGCUUCAGGGAGUUUUUCAGCAGCUCAGAUCUUCACAGCCAUUAUUUGGGGGAGAGUUGCUGAUGCAGAAUGGGGUGGUCGAAAGAGGGUUCUGUUGAUAGGACUUUGGGGGACGGCGAUAGGUUGUCUUGGGCUGGCUUUCUCGAGGAGUUUCUAUGCGGUGGUAUUAUUCCGCCUGUUGGCUGGGGGAGCAAAUGGGACGGUCGGGAUCAUUCGAACUAUGAUAUCUGAGAAUAUCAAAGAGAGAAAACAUCAAUCACGUGCAUUUCUCCUUCUCCCAGCCAGUUUUAUGGUUGCGAGUGUGAUUGGGCCAGUCAUCGGAAGUUGGCUAGCUGGGCCAGUCACCACGUUCCCAAGCCUAUUCAAUGCAGAUUCAUGGCUAGCGAGCUUUCCGUACGCUCUUCCUGCACUCUUUAGCGCAGCAACUAUGAUGAUGAUUGGCCUCAUCGUGUUUCUCCGUAUCGAAGAGACACACAGCAUUCGAAAAGACUACUAUGAUCUAGGCCUUCAUUGUGCAGCGAUCAUUAAGCGAAUCUUCAGACGUGGCUCCUCGCCCUCUCAUGAUGACUACUUGGCCGUCGGAAACGAUGACCAAGAUUCGGACGAUGAGGACAUCGAGUUACCGGAGAUCAAAGCUCCAAUGACUUUACCUGCUCCAUCAGCAAAACCAAAACCAUCAUUUCGCUCUAUUUGGACAUACAAUGUCAUCACGACGCUGCUUGCCCAAGCAAUCUUUGACUUUCACAUGGGCGCUUUCGGCAACCUCCUUCCUCUCUUCCUCUCCUCUCCUCGCCGCUCAGUCGAGCGCUACCUCUCCUUCAUCUUCAACGGCGGCCUAGGCAUGGCUCCUCGUUCCGUCGGCCUCGCUCUCGCCAUCCUCGGCACCAUCGGCAUCAUCCUUCAAUUCCUCAUCUACCCAUGCAUCAACACCCGCCUCGGCAACGUCCAAUGUUUCCGCCUUUUCUCCAUCCUCUUCCCCAUCGCCUACACGCUCGCCCCAUUCCUCGCCGUCAUACCUACCGACUCCACCUCUCUCACGUGGAUAUCCAUCACGCUUGUCAUCGCCGUGCACACCACGGGAAGGAUUUUCGUCUUGCCUGCUACGAUUGUGCUGUUGAAUAACUGUGCGCCGGAUCCGAGUGUGCUUGGGAUGGUUCAUGGUGUGGGACAGACUACUAGUGCGCUGUUUAGGACGCUGGGACCUGUUGUUGGGGGCUGGGUGUUUGGGAAGAGUUGGGAGGGGGGUGUGAUUGGGGCUGUUUGGUGGGGGAUGGCGGCUGUGGCUGUUGGAGGGUGGGUUAGUAGUUUGUUUGUUUUUGAGAAGCCUGCUCCGGGGGCGUGAUGAGUACGGGAUAAGAGUGGAGUAAGGAUAUAGCAUGGAGUUGAGGGACGCUGUGGCGGUGUUGGAUGACUUUGAUGAUAAUAUUAUAUAGAGGUUGGACGCAUAGCUUGCAUGUACAGUUUAAUGAACACCACUUGCUGGAUAAUGAUACCGUAACAUAAC